GGAGCGGAGCGGCGGCGGCGGCGCGGCGCAGGGCGCGGGGCGGCAUGGCCACCACCGCGCAGUACCUGCCGCGGGGCCCCGGUGGCGGAGCCGGGGGCACCGGGCCGCUCAUGCACCCGGACGCCGCGGCGGCAGCGGCGGCGGCUGCGGCCGCCGAGCGACUGCACGCAGGGGCCGCGUACCGCGAAGUGCAGAAGCUGAUGCACCACGAGUGGCUGGGCGCGGGCGCGGGCCACCCCGUGGGCCUAGCGCACCCCCAGUGGCUACCCACGGGAGGAGGCGGCGGCGGCGGCGACUGGGCCGGGGGCCCGCACCUAGAACACGGCAAGGCGGGCGGCGGCGGCACCGGCCGAGCCGACGACGGCGGCGGUGGCGGAGGUUUCCACGCGCGCCUGGUGCACCAGGGGGCGGCCCACGCGGGCGCGGCAUGGGCGCAGGGCAGCACGGCGCACCACUUGGGCCCGGCUAUGUCGCCGUCGCCCGGGGCCGGCGGGGGCCACCAGCCCCAGCCGCUCGGGCUGUACGCGCAGGCGGCCUACCCGGGGGGCGGCGGCGGCGGCCUGGCCGGGAUGCUGGCGGCGGGCGGUGGCGGCGCUGGGCCGGGCCUGCACCACGCGCUGCACGAGGACGGCCACGAGGCGCAGCUGGAGCCGUCGCCGCCGCCGCAUCUGGGCGCCCACGGACACGCACACGGACAUGCACACGCGGGCGGCCUGCACGCGGCGGCGGCGCACCUGCACCCGGGCGCGGGCGGCGGCGGCUCAUCGGUGGGCGAGCACUCGGACGAGGAUGCUCCCAGCUCGGACGACCUGGAGCAGUUCGCCAAGCAGUUCAAGCAGCGGCGCAUCAAGCUGGGCUUCACGCAGGCCGACGUGGGGCUGGCGCUGGGCACGCUCUACGGUAACGUGUUCUCGCAGACCACCAUCUGCCGCUUCGAGGCCCUGCAGCUGAGCUUCAAGAACAUGUGCAAGCUCAAGCCGCUGCUCAACAAGUGGCUGGAGGAGACCGACUCGUCCAGCGGCAGCCCCACCAACCUGGACAAGAUCGCGGCGCAGGGCCGCAAGCGCAAGAAGCGCACGUCCAUCGAGGUGGGGGUCAAAGGCGCGCUCGAGAGCCACUUUCUCAAGUGCCCCAAGCCCUCGGCGCACGAGAUCACAGGCUUGGCAGACAGCCUGCAGCUGGAGAAGGAGGUGGUGCGUGUCUGGUUCUGCAACCGGCGGCAGAAGGAGAAGCGCAUGACCCCUGCGGCCGGCGCGGGCCACCCGCCCAUGGACGAUGUAUACGCGCCUGGGGAGCUAGGGCCCGGCGGGGGCGGCGCAUCGCCACCCUCCGCGCCCCCGCCGCCCCCGCCGGCGGCGUUGCACCACCACCACCACCACACACUGCCCGGCUCCGUGCAGUGACCCCGCGGGCCGGGCCCCCGCCGGCGCGCUGCAGGGCGCGGGCGCGCAGCCCGCCCGCGCGGCCUGGACUCUUUUUGUUCGGUUGCUUUGGAUUUUACAAAAAAAAAAAAAAAAAAAAAGCCCAGAAACUUUCGAACAAAACCAAACACCCGGACGACCCUCUCCGGUGAGCGGCGAAGACGGCCCGGUAGGCUGCGUAGCCCGAGCCCCGGGAGAGAGGAGCGAAGAUCCGGAACUCGCCAACUCACCCCGGGCAUCCUGCCCGCCGCCUGCUCUCUGCCCCCAUCCCCUCGACGACCCCCGCCCCUGCCCCCCGGGCUGUUCGGGGCCGGAUCCCGGCAGCGGCCUCCCCAAAGCGACAGGUAACGCGGUGCGGGGUUAGGGAUUCCCCGGGAGAGAGGACCAAGCGAGGAGAGUUCUCCAUCCCCUCUCCCCGCGUGGACUCCUGAGCCUGCGGGUCCAGGGUGGGGGGCUGUCACUUUAUUCGCUACACACCUCUUCUUUCCUAUAAGGAUGCGCCCCACCCCCUUGUCCCCUUUCUCCGGGCUUGGUUUUUUUACGGUUUUUAUUUAUUCGUGGAGCCUCUUGGCUCCUGGGGUCCUUCUAACUCCGCCCGCGCCCUUAAUUUAAAUCGCUGUAUACUGUAUUUAUCGGGGCCCCGGAGGGGAGGUCGCGAGAGCCGCGUCUGUGUAUAAAAGCAGGAAAUAGCCAAAGCUUUAAUCUAGCCUAAUUUAUUUUUCCCCUUAUCUUUCCCUACCCUCCCCCACAAAAAAAAAGCAAAAAAAAAAAAAAAAAAAAA